AUGAAGACUCCUCGGCUUUUUGAGAUGCUGCUGCUGGCCGCUACUCUUGCCUUGAGAGAGAGAAUCCUUGGGCUUUCCCUCUGCAUUUCCGCAGGCACAUCCGAGGAUUUUCCAGUGACAAUCUCGAGAAAUCCAUCGUUGGUAGUCUCCGGCGAUGGAGACGAGCUGCAUCUCCAGGUUGUCCGCAUCCGGAGUCUUUCCGAGUCAAUGCCUGCGAGGUCAAGUCCAGGUCCACGUGGCAUGUCUCCGCCUACAAAAGGUCACUGUAGGCUUAUGGCCGUCCAAUCAUCGCAUCCGAAUGUCACAGCCAAAGAUGCGAGCCCUUCCCAGCCGUUCGGUUCUCUAAGAUCAACGGUGGCCACUGCUGUGGCUGCUGUGGUAUCCGCUGCUGCGGCAUUCCGGGACGCGGCAGAAGCAGUUCCAAUAAACGUACAAGAAACCGCUCAGCAAAGACACGCGGAGGAGGAACGGCUAGAAGCAUCGUUUUUCGACAGUGUCCGAGGCAGAGCGUCACCGUCACUAUUGUCACUCGCUGCCAUGUCAGCAGCGCCGCUGGCCUGUUCCAUCAAGAGCUCUCUGGCGACUUUCUUCUCCAACCUUCGCGCGAACCCCACAUUUAUGUCGGCUCUUAUCGCGUGGGCCCUCGCGCAAAUCCUCAAGGUGUUCACAAACCUCUACUUCAAAAAGACGUUCGACAUCCGAAUGGUUGUGUCGUCAGGCGGCAUGCCCUCGUCGCACACCGCGCUCUGCGUCGCCGUCACCACCUCCGUCGCCCUGCUGCACGGCGUGGGGGGGCCGCUGUUUCCCAUCUGCCUCGCGUUCUCGCUCAUCAUCAUGUAUGACGCCACCAACGUGCGCUACCACGCCGGCGUGCAAGCAGAGGUUCUGAAUGUGGUGGUGGAGGAGAUGCUGGAGGGCCAUCCAAUCAGCGAGAAGAAGCUGAAGGAGCUCCUGGGGCACACUCCCUUACAGGUGGUUGGAGGCUUCAUCCUUGGUGUUGUUACGGCCUUUGUUUACCAUUACAAGACAGGACAAAUGCAUGGGUGGGCGUGA